UUUAAAAGAGCAGCUGCAUUAGUAAAUUUGUUCCGAAAAACAAACGACGACAUGUAAACAUAAUAAGAAUUCGAUAUUUCUAUUAAAUACUCUGUAGAUUUAAAUAAAAGUUAAAAUAAAUAUGGAUAUUUAUCAAAUAAAAUUGUAACAUGUUUGCAAGUAGGAAAUUGUGUCAUCGUAAACUACGUAAAUACAAAUAUCGUUUGCUGGCCAUUUUUAUAGUGCUUGUUAUAAUCUUUCUAGCUUAUCAAAAGUUUUAUCCAUCCCAUAAUCUUAAUGGUUCGAUUUGUGAACCUAUCGAUGUUGUUUACACUUGGGUGAAUGGCACUGAUCCCUUUUUUGUCAAUAACAUAGUUAAAUUUGAUCCAAAUUAUGACGCAACGCGCUAUGAUGAUAAAAAUGAGUUACGCUAUUCUCUGCGUUCUUUAGAAAAGUAUGCUCCCUGGAUACGACACGUUUAUAUAAUUACAAAUGGACAAAUACCAUAUUGGUUGGAUUUAAGCAACGAACGCGUAACUGUAGUACCUCAUGAGCUCUUAACUCCAUAUCCAAGUUGGUUACCUACUUUCUCCAGCUCAGCAAUUGAAACAUUUCUACAUCGAAUUCCAAAUUUAUCGCAAAGAUUUCUUUAUCUAAACGAUGACGUUUUUUUAGGCGACUAUCUGUAUCCGGAGGAUUUGUAUACGGACUCGGAAGGAGUGCGAGUAUAUCAGGCGUGGUUGGUUCCAGACUGUGCAGAAGAUUGCCCUUGGACUUAUAUAGGAGAUGGUUCAUGUGAUAAACAUUGUAAUAUAGCAAACUGUCAAUAUGACGGUGGUGACUGUUCACUGGAAACCAAUAACUCAAAUAACAUAAAUGAACACCUAGUUAAUCGCAGUAAAGAACAUAAAGAUCUUUUUGAACUUUUAAAGGCGAACACUACCACCGCACGGGUAGCAGCUCAUUCGCAUAUACGAAAAUUUCCUAAAAGGAAAAAAAGUUCCUUCAAUUUUAGUAAUUUACCUAAAAAUUCGUCAUUUAGAGAUUUGUUACAUUAUCAUAGAAAUCUUACUUACGCUCAAGACUUUAAGCAAAUGGUAGAAAAUUAUAAUAAACGCCAACAGGAGAGAAUAAAACCCAGUGUAAGCGCUAUGAAAACUAGUAAAGCAUCAAUGAACCAAAGCCACGGGAAAAGAAUCAAACCCAGGGAUAUAUUUUCACAGUCAUUGAUAUACACAAAUAUGCUACUAAAUCGCUGCUACGGUUUUAAAGCCCGCCAUGUGCUGGCUCAUGUUGGCUUUCUACUAGAACGUACUAUAAUAGAAGCUAUGCAAGAGAAAUUUGCACCUGAAAUUUUUAAUACAGCCUCUCAUCGUUUCCGCUCCGCAAACGAUAUACAAUUUGCUUUUGCUUAUUAUUCAUUUCUAAUGGAAGAAACUCGUACAACCAGUGUACGGGAAAUAUUUUCUGAAUUUGACACCGAUCAUUCCCAUUCAUGGUCAGAUCGAGAAAUACGCACUUUAUUGACGAGAACAUUUCCUCUACCUUUAGACGUGUCAACAUUGCACUUUUUUGAAGAAAUAAUUAAUAAUUGCAGUCGUUAUUACGAUUCGAAAGAAAUAGAUCAGUCUAUUUACACUACCUUGGUAUAUGAACGAUAUAUGGAUUCGAAUUUACCCAGAAUUACAAGGGAUUUUGUGGAAAAAUGUUUGCCAUUGGCACAAGCUUUAGAGGAAAAUUUUUCAUCGAGAUUCAAAUACAAAUUUCAUAUUAAUUCAAAACGCUCUCUAAAUAGUAAUUUUAUGAUGCUUACCUCCAACAUAACUCAAGUGGCCGAAGCUCUAGACAAAAUUCGUAAAGUUCCGAGAAAAUUCAAUUGCAUUAACGAUAACAUGGAGCCCGGUAUAGACGAUAAUGAUCUUAUACGUCAAUUAUUAGAAGAUUUCUACUUAUCGUUCUUCCCCGUUCGCAGUCAAUUCGAAUUGCCUUUGCAAUAUCGCAAUCGAUUUGAAAAUUGGCAUGAUUAUCAACGAUGGCGUCGACGAAAACGUGCUGCUUUAGCAUUAGGUUACGGUGUAAGUGCCAUUUUAAUAACUUUUGUUCUGAGAUUUAUAUGCAUUCAUAAAGCAAAGAUUGUACGACGUUAUGUCCAGAAAUUAUAAUAAGUUAAAAUUUGC